GAAGCAAUGAAGUGGCGAACCAUUCUCAGUUCAAAAACCAUGGGGGAUGAUGAAGAAGUGAAGGUAUUUGGGAUGUGGGCAAGCCCUUACAGUCGCAGGGUUGAACUGGCCUUGAAACUAAAGGGAAUACCAUAUGAAUACAUUGAAGAAGAUUUAUCCAACAAGAGCGCCUUGCUUAUCCAACAUAAUCCAGUUCAUCAAAAAAUCCCAGUCCUUGUUCAUAAUGGGAAAUCAAUACCAGAAUCACUUGUAAUCUUAGAGUACAUCGAUGAAACCUGGAGGAACAAUCCAAUUCUUUUGUCUCAAGAUCCUUAUGAUAGAGCCAUGGCUCGGUUCUGGGCUAAGUUCAUUGACGAAAAGAUACUGAGCACAACAAGGAAGGUUAGUUUUACCACAGGAAAGGAACAAGAGCAUGCAAUUGAAGAAGUAACUGAGCAGCUAAAACUGCUGGAGAAUGAAGUGAAAGGGAAAGCCUAUUUUGGAGGUGAGGGUAUUGGAUAUGUUGAUAUCGUUGCCAAUUUCUUGGUAUUCUGGUUUGGAAACCUGCAAGAGGCUUUGGGAAUCAAUAUCUUCUCGCAACACAAAUUUCCAUUCAUAUUUGAAUGGAUCCAAAAGCAGCUCAAGAUCGAUAUGGUGGACGAAUGCCGGAUUCCCAAGGACAAACAUCUCACUUACAUCCAAACUCGACUCGCAGCCUUCAAGUCUGCAUCCAAGUAAAAGCCUUUAGAAUAAAAGAAAUGCUACCAUAGUAAAUAAGCAAAUAAAAUGUUAAAUAUGAAGUUGUAAGGUUUUCGAUUAUAUAUAUAUUAUAUAUGUGUGUGUGAUUAUAUUUAA